UCCUUUCCAGGGGGUCAUACACAACACCUGUCUCAGUCAAGCAUUCAAAGCAGCAUGUCAUCUCGACCUAUAACUAUAGUGUCCUCUAGACGGAGCACAGGGCUCGACUACGAUGGGUUGAGGAUUCACAGCACUCAGCUCUCCUCACAGGCCAAACUCCCGCUGGAGGAGGACAGGGAGUCUGGCAUCGGCUCCACACUUGACAUCAGCAGCAGCAUUGAGGGCAACAACCAACAUACCAAUCACCACUCCAGUACAACUUCACUCAGGGAGGCAGACAGACUCCCUAAAGAGAAAGAUAGCUCUCCACAGGCCACAGCAGUGAGUCCAAACAAAAUCAAGCAUCUCCUUAUAAAUCUAUCCAAGAUCCCUCUCCUCUUCGUCCUCCUCUUCUUCUUUGUUUGCUCCUUGGACACACUGAGCUCUGCCUUCCAGUUAGCAGGGGGUAAAGUGGCAGGGGACAUUUUCCAGGACAAUGCAGUGCUGUCUAACCCUGUGGCAGGGCUGGUGGUGGGGAUCUUGGUGACUGUGCUGGUCCAGAGCUCAUCCACCUCCACCUCCAUCGUUGUUAGUCUGGUGGCCUCUGGACUGCUAGAAGUGAGGUCAGCUGUUCCAGUCAUCAUGGGGUCCAAUAUUGGGACUUCAGUAACAAACACCAUAGUGGCCAUGAUGCAGGCAGCACAGAGGACCGAGUUUCAACGUGCCUUUGCCGGGGCAACAAUCCACGACUGCUUCAACUGGCUGUCUGUCCUGGUCUUGCUGCCGCUGGAGGUGGCGACUGGCGUCAUGACCCGGCUGUCGCACCUGCUCGUUACCAGCUUCCGGCUUCAGCCUGGGGAGGAAGCUCCUGAGCUGCUCAAGGUCAUCACCGAGCCAGUCACCAAGCUCUUUAUACAGCUGGACAAGUGUGUGAUCACGGGGAUCGCCAUGGGAAAUGAGGACAUGAGGAACAGGAGCCUGGUGAAAGAAUGGUGCCAGGCUGACCUUGUUAUGACGACUGGCAAUGUGAGCACUGAAAACUGUGGCCCCAGUCCGAACAUGUCCCACACGCCACUGAAGUGCAGGCAUUUGUUUGUGUCUACCGAGCUGUCAGACCUCAGUGUGGGCCUGAUUCUCCUGGCAGGCUCCCUGGCUGUCCUCUGCACCUGUCUGCUGCUUCUGGUCAAGCUGCUCAACUCUCUUCUUAAAGGCCAAGUAGCAAAGGUCAUCCAUAAAGUUAUCAACACAGACCUGCCAUAUCCGUUUGGAUGGCUGGCAGGAUUUAUGGCCUUGUUUUUGGGUGCAGGGAUAACAUUUCUGGUCCAAAGUAGCUCUGUCUUUACUUCAGCCAUGACUCCCCUUGUAGGUAUUGGUGUGAUCAGUCUGGAGCGGGCCUAUCCUCUCACCCUUGGGUCCAACAUCGGCACAACUGCCACAGCCCUGCUGGCAGCUCUGGCCAGUCCCGGGAACAAGCUACCAGCAGCCAUACAAAUUGCUCUGUGUCACCUCUUCUUCAACGUCUUUGGCAUUCUGCUGUGGUAUCCCCUUCCCUUCAUGCGUCUGCCGAUAAGGAUGGCUCGUGUCCUGGGUGAGCGCACUGCCAAGUACCGCUGGUUUGCAGUCUUGUACCUUCUCCUUUGCUUCUUGCUCCUGCCCUCGCUGGUGCUGGGCCUCUCGCUGGCAGGCUGGCGGGUGAUGGCUGGCGUCGGGGGUCCUUUUCUGGGUGUGACCAUCUUCAUCGCCAUGGUAAAUGUGAUGCAGGCCCGCAGCCCCGGUCACCUGCCCGCUAAGCUCCAGACUUGGGACUUCUUGCCCCAGUGGAUGCACUCUCUCAAACCGCUCGACCGCUUAAUCACCAAGGCAACUGUCUGCUGCAGCUUCACAUGCGAGGAAGGGCAGGGAGAAGAAGAGGAGCACAUCUCGACACAGACCACCUCUAUCGACCUGAGGAAAGAGUCCGCCCAGAGGAAGGCAGAGCUGGCUUAUGACAACCCAGUCCUGGAUUACCUGGAUGAGAGCAGACCAGGUGUACGGGUUCUUAAAUUAAAAGGAUUAGAGAGGUGUAACAGCACUCCACUGUAGUCAAACAGAUAACAGAGGGCUAUUUUCUACUCCAUUUUGUCAAUAUUGUGGGAAGAAUAAAAUUGAUAAAACCAUUCUAUAAUGCUUUGGAAAUUAACAGAUUUCUCAUUAUUGAUUGAUUGAUAAUUAGAGAGAGACUCCCAAAUGCCAGGAUAAAUAUCAUGAGCUCAGUACAAGAUUUUAACCACCAAUACAUCAAGUGAGAAUUGACUGAGCUCUGCAGCUGGUACCAGACCAGCUGCAACAGCCAUCUAUAAGCUGUUAUUCCCAUGCUUGAGUCUCAAAACUCAUGAUGAAGAAGGGGGAAAAAGUCACCUCAAGGUCCAUUAAGUAGCUGUUCUGGAUCUUUCUCUCAUAUUAUAUGAUCUUCAUUAGCAGAUAGAGUUUUUCAAUUGUCAAAGGUACAUUACCUUAACCGUUCACAUUACCAUUUUUAUUUUUAUUACCAUAUUUUUAUUACUUUCGUCUGACUGGGCAGACAGGUAACACAUGAACAGCUCAUAGAAUUAAAAAUGUCUUUGUAAAUGCAUUAAAUGUGCCCUGUGGAGUUUUUCACCACUUGUAGCACUGUGGAGUGGUGUAGUAAUUCCUAUCCUGCCUUUGGUUUUAUGCUAUUCCUUUGAUUGACAGUAGGUGGCCGUAACACAAAAACAAAUGUAGCAAUGCACCAACAACGGCAGUGAAAAAGAAAACGUCAAACUAGAUUUAAAAUCUGAAAAAAUGGUAUUUGCGAGGAAGGAGAUGCGCUCAACACAUUUAGGUAACACAUAAAGAUAAUACACAAUGCAUUUUGGUGAAAAACAUAACUUUUUCUUAUUAGUGUACAAGGAAACUCCACAGGGUAGUUUUAAUUAGCCAACAAUAACUCUUGUACCCACUGUCAUCAUCAUUUUGAGGAAAUUUGAAAAUAUUUCCAGAAUAGCUACCAUGCUCUCCCGUUUGACGUCCCUCGCAAAGGCAAUAGCGACAUUUAGUCAUGCAUAUAAAUGGUUUAUGUUGAGUGAGUAUAAAACUUAUCCUUGUUAGCGCUUACAUUUCCCUGGAUUCAGCAGUCCUGGGUGCAACGUUCAUCCAUUAAGUGUUGUCUGUUUGUGUCAAGAACAGACAGGAAGAAAAGGAAACGAGCACUGUAGCCCAAAGUCUAAUGAUAGUCAUUUCCAAGUGGAUACGUUUGAUAAUUAUGUUAAAAUACCAUGCACUCACUUGUUAUAUAAAUGUAAGUGGGUGACUGACUAUACGCAGACACUACAAAGGAUUAAAAGAAUCAUCACACAAGCCUCUUAAUGUUAUCUACAAAUGGGUGUAUGGAUGUGUUGUAGCGUAUGUGUUUGAGUGUGUGCUGAAGUGUUUGUGUGUGUACGCUUGUCCAAGUGGGAGACUAUGCACGCCCGGGAGGUGUUGUUGAAUGUGUGAAUAUGUGCUGUGUUUUCUCUAUUGCACUAUAACAAUUGAUCAUGUGUUGUAAGAAAUGUUGACUUUCUGAAGUCUGUUGAUUUAAUGAGAGAAUAAAGUCAGACUCUUUCACUUGUAAGGUGAUAAACGUA